AUGUGCAAAUACUUGAUAAUUACUGCAGCUCUUCUCAAAGCUGAGGUAUAUUGGGUUUGCUCUGCCAUUUCCUGUUUAUACCAUUCUACCACUAGUAGCACAAUUUCAACACAAAUCAAAGCACCACCCGACAGCAGCAUUGUAACUGGUCAAAUCAUCAUAACAGCGGUUGAUAACCAGCCAGAUAGCGAAGAAGAUGCAACUCAACUGAGCGAGCUGGAACAACAUACAGCACACCGACGACUAAGUCUACCGUUGCUGACUGUGGAUGAUGGCGAUGGCUGUUAUGAUGGCAUUCGUUAUAGACCUUCUGCUGCCGACGAGAUGACGGGGACAACAUGUCCUCCUGUUUGGUGGCAGAAGGCCAAGAUUAAAUUAUCUCACUCAGGAAGCAAUGGUCUUCAGAAAACUACCACACACUCUUCUUUGAAUACUACAGCGCCCAACUCAGAAGAACAACGUGUUGAUGAAGCUUGCCAACCCGUGUUUGAUUAUUUGCAAUCUAUUCACAGUAGACAUAGUUCAGCUUCAUCAGCCAUCUCUCAACAUAGCCUCAACAGCUCAUAUGAAAAGAAACACCAUCAUCGAGCCAGGAAGAUGGUGACCAAAAUCAAGACGCACAUCAUCAAGAUAUCUCGCCACCGUAGAGGUACAUCUUUGUCUUUAGAUGAGCUUAAGCUGUAG